CGAAGUUUCAUGGGGUUGCAAGCUUUUUAACCAGGCGUUAACGAUCCACACCAUACGUCACGUUAUCUAUAUAUUCAGGAUACUACUUACAAAGGAGCUGACUUUUAGAUUGCGUAUAUGCACGAAUCGCUCGACGUUUCGACCGGAUGCAAUCAUAAUCGAGAACUGAACUGUCCGUAAACGAUCGACCCAAACCGAACCGCCGAACCGAACGCGUCGGAAAUGACGUACGUCAUCAUCAAGGUGGGUGACGAGUCAGCUAUUUUUGCCAACGCCAACUGCCCGGUGCGCGUGCUGCUGGACUGGCUGCGUGACCGUGUGGAGUCCCUGCUGCCACCCCUGACCGUCGAACUUGACCUCUGCGACGACAACGGCAACAUGCGCCUGCUGACCGAGCUGCCAGCGACCACCAACGCGCUGAGCACGCUUCAGCAGUGCGGCAUUUACCACCCGGUGGUGCGCCAGGGCUCGGCGACCAGCAGCAGCGGCUUCCGGCUGCUGCAGCCGCCGGAAGGGCACGACCGGCGCCGCGAGCUCCAGCAGCGUAUUAACCGCGGCAUCGUCAUUUGGGAGCGGCUUAAGCAGAAGCUGUCCAAGGACCCGCCGCUUGAGAAGCUGCUGGAGAUGGUGCACAAGGCCAUCGCGCGGAGCAGCAAGGGCGGGUCGCUGGACGGAUGGGAGCGGGCCCGUGAACGAGGCCUGUCGAAACGCGGAGAUCGGCGCUCGUCACCGCGGGACAGUACCGGGGAGCGGGAAUACCGCAUGUCUGGCAGCGUCUCGCCGGACGCGCUCUCCCAGCGACGGAGUUCCAGGCGUUACGAUGGGGGACCCGGCUCCCUCAGUGCACGGGGCCGCCGGACGUCCGCCAAACGUUUCGGUUCGGUCGGCUGAGGCGCAGCCCUCAUCACGGAUGCCAGCAGUUUUGUAAACAUUUGUACUUGCGCAUAUUUUGAGCAGGUGCCGUUAUCUCAGCGGUUGGGCGGAAACUGAUCGAGAACGCGCUGCUUAUGAAUGGGAAGUUACUGAAACAACAGCGCAGAAGAUCAUAUAUUAUCGUGCGCAAGAUACGCUAGAAGACCUGGGAUCUGGCCAUCGGUUGAAGAACUGCGUACACGCAGUCUGCCUGAAUUAAAUAAGUCAAUUCUUGUUGGCCGCGUCCAUUCUGUGGACAAAACAAAGACAAAACUCUUCACCCAGAACACCGUGCAUGGGUGAUUUCUGCAAUCUGGGCUCAAAAUAACUUCUACAUGUGCGGCGGCUUUGUACAUUUAUUGUAAGCGAACGUGACGCAUCGGUGUCAUUCUGCGGACCUUCUUGGCCUGCCCAGGAGGGAUUUAUCUUGCGAUCGUGGGAAAGCGGUACACAAAUAAACGUGAAGCCGGAGAUUUUGGCGUAUAAUUACAACAAGUGGCUGCAUUGGUUAGAUUGCUGGUCUCUGGAUUCAGCCACCCAAGAGUGUCAUGAGCUCCAGCGAGUCCGGCUCGGAGGCGGUGGUGACGCCCACCACCCCCGGGCCCGACCCACUGUCGCAGCUGCUGUCGUCGCCGGCGGCGAAGCGGGCUCGGCUGGACUCCGAGGCGGAGGAGUCGGACCCGGUCACCCCUUCUACUGGUCAGUCGGAGCCAGCCACCCCAACCGCUGGCCCGUCUGAGCCAGUCACGCCUACUACCGGUCAGUCAUGGACGGCUACCCUAGCCACUGCAGACUCCGACAUCCAGCUGCCGCGUCCGGCCGAGGCGGCGGCGGAGGAGGCGGCCGAGUCCGGCAAGUCGCGCCAGGAGCUGGAGGAAGAGGAGCGCGAGCGGAUGCAAGUGCUUGUGUCUUAUUUUACUGAGGAGCAGCUGGAUAGAUACGAAAUGUAUCGUCGUGCUGCGUUUCCGAAGGCUGCGAUCAAAAGGCUGAUGCAGACCCUGACCACCUGCUCAGUCUCCCAGAACGCGGUGAUCGCGAUGUCGGGCAUAGCCAAAGUCUUCGUGGGUGAAAUCAUGGAAGAGGCUCUGGACGUGAAAGAUGAGCUGGCCGAUGCGGGACCCGUGCAGCCCAGACACCUGCGCGAGGGGGUGCGCCGCCUUCGCCGCAAGCCCGGCACAUUCGUCCCUUCCAUGAAACAGAGACGCCCUGUGUUCAGGUGGGACGACUCGCCGACACCAUCUGCCGUCGAGAACGUCCUGCGCAUCAUCUACCGCAACCGCAGCCACAAGCCGGCCGAGUGACCUGGCCCGCCCCACCCUGACCUCUCUCUGCCGGCCGCGGUCUUUCGGCCGGCCCCUGUCUCUCCCGGCCGGCCGCCGCCGUGACGCCCCCCACCCGUCCGUCCCGGUCUGGCCACCUACCGAACACCGCCGCCGCGCCGCCCUCCACCCAUCCGUCCCUGACUGGCCACCUACCGAACACCGCCGGUGAGCGACGCCAGGCGCCGGGCCCGGUCACCCGGCGCCCGGCGCCGCUCACCCGCUGACCGAGGGGUCAAGUGCUGUGCCGCGGGGAGCGAGGAGCGUCGCAACCGCAAGGCCGUUAUGUACAGUACAAAAUGCGAUGCGCUGCUGAUCAGGGCAGGGCUCGCGAAUGUCCGCGGUCGCGGAGCUUGUCAGAUGAUCCCUGGACGCCGUGUUCGCUGGCUUCCCUGCUAUAUUCGUGUGUGUUCGAAAUCACCAAAACCGCGCCUACAUGCCAUUACGCUAACAAGCAUUACGUGUAUAUGGACAUGCUCGCCCCGCAAGGACCACUCGUCACCAGAACGACGGCGCCGCGGGCCGUUUCGCCGGCGGCGGUCGAUGCUGGCGCGCCAUUGCGACCGUGAUUUGGCGCGAUUCAACGACACGGAUCAAUCUGGUCAUAGUGACCACUCGGAUCAAUGAGGCCCUCUGUGGCCGACCGCGCGCGGUCACGCAGCGCGCUGGGGAGCGAAAUCUGAUGAGGUCGGCGAUGAAAACGUCGCCUGGCGUGGCGGCGCGCCGUCCACGCGAUGCUCGGCGGAGAUGGAGCGAGCGGUGCGCGGUGAGGCACGACACGAGAGCGGAAGGUGGGCGGUGUCGCGCCACGAUGGUGAAGGUGGCACGGCAUGGUGGUGCGUGAGCAGUUGCCGGGUCGCGGGCAGUCCAUGCCCAGUCAGUGCAGGCGGUCGGUGCCCGAUGCUGAGUACAGCAUGCUAACGUCACAUUUAGUAAACGACUGAACGCCCUAGGCUAGUACGUACCCCCAGGUGCGCACCUGUCGAAGGCAUCCCGGUACGUGUCUACCAGUGGGAGCUCUUCCGAACGGUUAUCUAAGUAGGCACCAACAGCCGACAGCAUAGUGAGCUGUGGUCAGCUGACCAAAUUGUCGCCGCACAGUGGAGAGGGAGGCAUGUGACUGAAGAGCAUUGAACUAUCAACGCGCCUUAAAUGACGUCCAGGUGCACGCUGGAAUGUGGUGCUGAGAUCGGCCGAUUUUGUGUGUGGUGUUACGAUGCAUCGGCUAGACACUUCCAGACACUUCCAGCGGUGGCGAUGUUUUCGCAAAUACAUUUCA